GAUAAUUUCGAAAAAUGAAGAGUUUGAUGUUUCUCCUCUUGCUAUUGUCUACUCAGGCAAAAAGUAUCUUUAUUGAGGUCCUUGAUUACAAAGACAUUCUGAUUGAAGUUGCUCUUCAAAAAAUGGAAAUUACUCAGUUGAAGGAAUUGAAACUGCCUUCCCUGGAUAUUCCAAUCCCAGUGGGAGAAGAGUUUCAUCUGUGUUAUUCAGUUUACACCUUUGCAACAACAAGAUUUAAUUUAUUUUUGAUAAACAGACCAGGAAACUUUACAGCAGGGUUUGACUUGACAUUUUGUGAUGGAACCUCAUGUCAAUUUUUUCUGGUAGACAGUGAGCAAAAUUUUGUGAAUGCUGGACAGCUGGUUCCUCCGCUUUGGAUUAACAUCUGUGAACACAUACAUACAGUGACUGGAGUUCACAAUCUACAUGUCCCUCUGCUUAACUUUACCUACACAUACACCAAGAAGUACCCACAGCCAUUAACUGAAUAUUCUUUCAGCCUGGGAACCUGGGAUUUUCCAGGAAAAUUUAGCAAUCUUAAUAUUUACAGUUUAGACAAUCCUCCCAACUGCCAGAGUUCUGGAGAUAUCUACGCCUGGAAUGCUUCAGAUUGGAACAUUGAGACAAAGUUUCCAGCGCUGAUCAGCAUUAAAAAGGAGAAAAUUGUGGAUAUUUGCAAAGUAGUUACGAGCCUGGAAGCAAAGGUUCCCCGCACCUUUGAGGAUACAUUAGAUCUUCUGGAACUGUUUGGAAAAGGUAAAAUUGCGGAUAUCUAUCUAGGCAAAAUUGAAGUGCAAUUUGAAGCACUUCAAUCGUUUGAUGCUUAUAAUGGAAAUUUUUAUUUCGGCCCUUACCAGGAGAUAAAUGGAAAUAAAUCUUUCUUUCACAUUUACACAAAUGCCCUCUUGUCGGAGAAUACUAACUGGUGUCCAGGAAGCCCUGGAGAUACUGAUGCUAUUGUAAGAUAUAUUUGCUAUGAUGAAUGCUUAUUUGCCUGCUUUGAUACUGUCAAAGCAUCAUCUUUUCUACAAGUAUCAGGAAAUGCAGUAAUUACACUAAGAGGGUUGUGUGAAGAAACUUUAUUUGAUACCAUUUACAAGCCUGUAAUGAGCAUGAAUGACAUAUUUUAUGUUGGCAUCACUGGAACCUUCAUCAAAUACAGUAAAGUGGAACAAGCAUGGAUUGUGUUUAAACUAUUAAAUGAAAAUGCAUUAGCUGAGAUCAAAACCAGAAAUCUAAACUAUCUGUUUGGUGUUAAUACAAUGGAGAUAUUGAGGGAGGACAGUUGUGAGAUUGGGAUUCGUCAAGUUAGCUUUUCCACUUGUUCUGAAAAGGAGUUCACUUGUACGGAUGGUUUCUGUGUAUCCCUACUGCAACGAUGUAAUCAUAAAUCAGAUUGUCGGGAUGGAUCAGAUGAAAUAAACUGCAAUAUUUUACGUCUGAAAGCUGAUUACAAUAAGCAUCUGGCCCCAAUACAGAAUUUUUUAAUUCUCACAGAUAAUUCAAAUGAUAAUCGUUUAGUAAUAAAUGUAUCUGCUACAGUUAUUGAUAUCCUGGAUAUAAAUGAAAUGGACAGUGCAAUCAAAGUGAAAAUAAGGACUUUCUUGUCUUGGUUUGACUCUGAUUUGAACUUUCUCAAUUUACGCAGGGAAACAUCCCUAAAUUUGCUGACGGAAGAGGAAUCUCAAUUCAUCUGGAGACCUGAAUUAUAUUUUCAAGACAUAAACAUAUUUGACAGAGAGCAAAACGAAGGAGAAAAUGUUCUUGUUAAAAAUGAAGAUUAUAACUACACCACGACAGAUUUAGAAAAUGUGUCCAAUGAAAGACUUUACAGUGGAAAGACAAACAUACUUGUACAAAGUAGAACGGACAGUUUGACAUACAGCUGCAAUUUUGACAUGACAAUGUCCCCAUUUGAUAUUCAAACCUGCAGAAUAACCUUUUCACUUACGCGGAGUCAGAACUUUUCAGCAAGACUGCGACCUGAGGAGCUUACAAAUUUAGCCCCUCAUGAAGUAAAUCAGUAUAUUAUAUACAGUUCAAACAUGUAUGUUUUGGAAGACAAUCUGAUCAUUGACUUUGUCAUGGGAAGACAGCUUUCAGGAUUCCUUGUCACAACGAUGCUCCCCACUGUAGUAGCCAACACCCUUGGAUACCUCACUGUGUUCUUUGAGGAGGAGGCAUUCGAAGCCGCGCUAGGAGUCAAUCUUACCAUUGUGCUGGUUAUUACUACAAUGUUGGUUGAGAUAGCAAAUCAAUAUGCAAAUACAACAAGCUAUAUCAUGAUGCAAAUCUGGAUGAUAGUCAGUGUUAUAAUGCCAUUUCUGGAAGUUCUACUACAAACUUAUGCAUAUCAUCUGAGAAAAUUAAGUGAAAAAACUGACGAAAAAUCUGAUCCACAGAAGGUUUGUCCAAAAGUUCCAGUUGUUGUCAGAAAAUCCCUCAUCAUUGCAAAAAGUGUUUGGAAUGAAGCUGAGGAGAAGGUUGACUGGAAAAAUAAACGGAUAAACUAUAUAACAUGGAUCCUAAAAAAAGGAAUUCUCUUUGGAUAUAUUACCUUCAUCAUCCUUUUCUUCAUCGUAGGAAUUAUCUCGGAGAACCAAACCCUUUCGGCAAAACUGGAAAAAUAAAAUCAAAAAAAUA